UUUCUAAUCUAAAACUCCGCAUAAUUAGUAUUACUUUAUAUCAAUUAUACUUUUAAAGUAAUGUGUUAUCAGUCGGUACAUGCAUUGUUUGAAUCCAUAAAUGCAAAAAUUGCCCCUGCUUAUUAAAAUUUCACUUUUUAUAGGCGUAUUGGUAAGCCUGUUUCCUAACCUAAAAGAAAAUUUGACGUUGAUUACUGACAUGGCAGGUGAAAAUAAAAUAGAAAAUAAAUAUUCAAUUUUAUUGCCGACUUAUAAUGAGGUGCAAAAUUUACCAAUUAUAGUAUGGCUUAUUGUGAAAUAUAUGAACGAAAGUGGGUACCCUUAUGAAAUAAUUAUUAUUGAUGAUGGGAGUCCUGAUGGUACCUUAGAGGCCGGUAAACAGUUACAGAAAAUUUAUGGAGAAGAUAAAAUAGUUCUCAAACCAAGAGAAAAAAAAUUGGGGUUGGGAACAGCUUACAUCCAUGGAAUUAAGUUUUCUACAGGCAACUUAAUUUUUAUUAUGGAUGCAGAUCUAAGUCACCAUCCAAAGUUUAUGCCCCAAAUGAUUGAAAAACAAAUAAAACAUAAUUUUGAUAUUGUGUCUGGUACUCGUUAUGUAGGAACAGGUGGAGUUUAUGGUUGGGAUUUUAAAAGAAAGCUGAUUUCUAGAGGUGCUAAUUUUCUUACACAGUUGUUACUCCGUCCAGGUGCAUCAGACUUAACAGGAUCAUUUAGAUUGUAUAGAAAAGAUAUUUUGGAAAAAAUUAUUAAUAAUUGUGUAUCUAAAGGUUAUGUAUUUCAAAUGGAAAUGAUAAUUAGGGCAAGGCAAUUUAAUUAUACUGUUGGAGAGGUUCCCAUUACUUUUGUUGAUAGGGUAUAUGGUGAAUCAAAGUUAGGUGGUUCAGAAAUUUUUCAGUUUGCUAAAAACUUGUUAUAUCUAUUUUCAACCACAUAAUUUAUUUUUUAUUUGAAAAUAUUCAUUCCAAUGCAUUUUAUUUUAUACCACAUAUAAAUUAUAUCUUUAUUGUAUAUUUAUUAUUAAAAAAUAUAUUUAGAUCAAAUUUAA